AUUACUGGAUUUUCUUUUACGAAAAUUUACAACAAGAUUCUAAAAACUUUUAUCUAAUCUAUUUAAUCUGUUUACAUUCUUUGGCGCUGUAAAUGUCAAGUGCUUGUUAAAGAGUUUGUUCAAUGUAAUGUAAAAGUCUUCAAGUCCAGUGUGCAUUGAAAUGUUUUUGCAAGCGUUUUUGUGUGUGGCUGGAGUUCUGUUUCUUCCAAAAAGAGAUUGUACCAAAUGUAAUGUGCAAAAGAAGUAUGAUUCCACCAUGAAGAGCAAUUUCACCCUAAUUGAUGUUAACGAUCUUACAAUCGCCAACCACACAUAUUGGCUUUUUAAUAUCGAACGUAUUUAUGGCAUUCCAAUAUUGAAGAAAUGUUUCCAAUACAUUGACAAUGGUCUCUUUAUGGGAAUUUUUGGUUUGGGAUACUAUCAAACAACAACAUACCAUCUCAUUAUACAUGCUAUCGAGUACAACAAAACAUGCAACCGGACUUCUCCACACAAUACAAGAGAUGAUGAAUUCACGGCCGACGAAACCACUAUCGUCACAUACAGUAUCACAGCAUCCGGUUUUGUUAAUGCUGAUAAAUUCCAACUUGUUUUUGUAUCAAAUGAAAGCAUCACAUACGUCAAGUCAACAGCAUGUAAUGUUGGAUACAGUAUUAUAACAGGAUUUAGACCAUUUUUAGUAGCUGUUGGUUACUACAAGUAUUGUUUAUUUUAUAUCCAUUGCCGUAGUGACGGAGCAAUUGCCAAGAUAGAACACAACCUUUGCACAAGGAGGCCAGUUAUCUACCCACCAUCAUCUGAGAAAAUCUACAUACAAGAAAAUAUAAGAAUACUGCAAAAACCUUUUUUGUUUUUCUCCAGUUUCACAAAUUACGUCAUGAUAAGUCGCAAUGGAGUCCUGUCACUUUCAUCGGUUCAUAAUGGCUACACAAGCAUACCAAACAAAGACACUGUAUUUGUAAUGAAUAACAACAGUAAAUCAAAUUUUCUAAAACUAACACGUUUGGAAUAUCAAACAAGUCCCCUAUUUUUAAGCGUUGCCGGUAAUGACAUAUCUAAAAUUACUCAAAGUCCAUUCAACGCUACACAGCUUCUAAUCUUUACCAGUUAUUAUGAUGACGAACUCACAAACCAGGCAAUCUUCGCUACAGACAACAACUCAACGUACGAGAUAUUAAACUACCGAAGAUUUGAUGAUUACAGUGUGAUUGGCUAUUCAGAGCGCUCUUGUGGAAGUAAAAUUCUGUUUGGAAAUAACUCAAGUCAAAUGGUGCACACAUCAAAUGUAGGAGUACCAGGUCGACAUGUGUUUCGACUGACCCAAAAAUGCAGAGUUGCAGCUCUUUAUCCGUAUGGAGAAGAAAAUGGUGACCAAUUGUUGCCAAAAGGAGACAAUCUUGUGGAGAAGUUGCAACUUCAAUCACCAUUAAAAUUGAACACAGAAACUAUUCACGAUAUCUUCAUAAGCACCAAUGCUUUGAUAUCCACAGAGAGACUUUCAUCUUCAACGGAUUACCAUCUGUAUGUACAGUAUCCAUAUACAAUCAUUGCACCACAUAAUCUAGAUUAUGAUACAAGAAAUAGCGGUAACAUAUAUUACAGAGAAACUAAGGAUGAAAAUACGUUGAAGCUAGCUUCUAUGGACAUCAAGUCUGUGUUUGGAUUUGUUGUCAAUAUAACAUCUGCAAUUAUUGUCACUUAUCUUGAUAUUGCUGGCAAAACUGCACCGUAUCAAAAAGAUACAUUUCAGGUUGUUAUUGCACAUAACAACAGCAAGGCUUUUCUUAUUUUGAUUUUCAAGCAACUAAAAAAUUCAAAUGGAUUGGUAAUGUUCUCGGAAAAGUCUUGUUGCAGCAUCAAUGUGAGCAAAUCAUUUAAUUAUGGUGACACAAGAUUUUUGUCUGGUCAUACAAACAGUGGGAAGUUGGGACUUGGGAAGUUUGUUAUUGAUUUAAAACGUAAUUUAAAAGAUUUUAAUCCGAGAACAUACAAACGGAAAGAGAUCUCCAAUACAACUGGAUAUGAUUUUAUCAAAAUCUCUUGGAAAUUCGAACCAAAUAAUUCAGCUAUAGUUACGUUCAAUGUCGUUGGUGAAUGGGAAACAAAAUGGUUAUAUUUGCCGUUUGAUGCAAUUGCAAUUCAUUUUCACAACUUGCUGCAGAACCAGACGUACCGUUUUGAACUGCUGGAUACUAACGGGAACUUACCUGCGGUUGUUUCGUUUUCACCUGAAAAAAUAGGUGCUGUUACAGACGUUUCCAUCAGACAGAAUGGAAAUAAAGCGUCCUUGUAUUGGAAAACGCCAUUGGUAAAGUUUGGAAAUCGGACAGUCGCUAGGACCUUGAUUAAACACACUGUGAUAGAAUCUGGCAGGGUAGUCCAUUCCUUAAUUUCGUCCUUCAUUUAUAAGAGUCCAUACAGGUUUUGUGGAGUAAUAGGAUCAGAACACACUUUUGUUAUAACCCUGGCUAUAAAAGAUCAACUUAGUCCUCCGGAAACAAUCACACACACAUUUGUAGAAACUGCGGAAAGUUUAUGGAAGAAUGUCAUUAUCAUUGCGUCAACUUGUGGCAGUGUUCUUCUGCUUGUUUUCCUCGCCAUGGUGUCCUAUCACAGAAAGAAAAUGAAAAAAAGAAAUAAAUUUCUGUUUACCCAAACAGCUUACAAGUUGGAUCCUGAUCGAAGCAUUCUUGAACAAUGCAAUGACUUGACCUACGAUACAAAGUUUGAAUUUCCAAGAAAACGCAUCUCGUUGUUUCGAGUACUGGGCGAAGGCGCGUUUGCGCAAGUGUGGAUGGCUUCAGCUAAACAAAUGGAGCACUUUAAACCCAGGCAAACUAAGAACAAGGCUGGUCUGUGGGAAAGAUACGGAGCAAAGAAAAAAACCUUUGUUGCAGUCAAGACACUUAAAGCUGGUGCCACAGAAUCAGAUUAUAAGGAUCUAGCAAACGAGCUUAAACUUUUAAUACACCUCGGAGAACAUCGAAACAUUGUCAAUCUGCUUGGUGCAUGCACUCGCGGUGAGAAUUUGUUGGUGAUUCUUGAAUAUUGUUCAAAUGGAGCUGUGUUGAAUUACCUACGAUUAAAUCGUUAUGAUUUUGAAGCUUCUUGGCACAAACAGAACAACGAGAUCUUCAAUCUUUAUCAAAUAACUUGGAUAGCGGUUCAAAUUGCUGAUGGGAUGAACUUCUUGGGAGAGAAAAAAUGUGUACACCGCGAUUUAGCAGCAAGAAAUGUUCUUUUGACAGAGAAAAUGUACGCAAAGAUCGCUGAUUUUGGCCUUUCAAGAAACACUGGUGGGAAAGGCUAUUACCAUAAAGAAACGGAAGGAAAUCUUCCUCUGAAAUGGAUGGCCCCGGAAGCUAUAACGCAUCAAAAGUACACCACCAAAAGUGAUGUUUGGUCGUUCGGCAUUUUGCUAUGGGAAAUUUACUCACUCGGGUCCACACCUUACCCAGGUGUUAAAAAUAAUGAAAUGUUAAAAUACGUAAGGAGAGGAACAAGAAUGGCAAAACCAACGCAUUGUAAAGAACAAAUAUAUCAGCUAAUGUUGCAAUGUUGGUCAGGACCGCCCGAACUGAGACCUUCGUUCAUUGAUUUGCGCAACAAUAUCGAUCAAGUUUUGGUUAAUAAUGAACAAGGUUUCUACAGUGGGCAGUCGUUGGCGAAUGUUUACAAAAUAACUUCAUCGAAAUCUUCGGAAUCAAAAGGUGAAAAACUUGCUGUUUAUGAUGAAGUUGGACAAAACGAUGAAAAGGCCUAUAAUGAAACCUACAACAUCGACGGCUAUCUCACAUUGGAAGAAAAUGGCUUUCAAGAGGAAAACGAAGAAGGAGCAGAUGAAGAUAAUUUGGGAUUUCAGGGAGAUUAUGUUGUAGAAAAAAGCAAGAGAAGUUACACCAUUCAUGAUAGUUAUAUCAGCUUGGCAAAAAUUGACGAAAGUCCUGACGGGAAUAAACAUGUUGAAACACCAGAAGGAAACAAGGAAAUAGGAGAUGCGCUUCAAAGCAGAAAUGGAGACGAAGAAAGUUUAAAUGAUAUAGAUAUAUGAUGAUAUAGAAAAAAUAUAAAUUAAAUAAGAAAAAUUCAUCACCAAUAAUGUGGAUUAAGUUAAAGUAAUAUAAUAAUAUAUUGUAAAGGGAGAAAUAUAUAUAAUGAUAAA